AUGACAGAGUACGACUAUUCCCCAGAGGCUGUACAAGCCUACCAUGCAAAGCUGCAGGGUGUACGGCGAUGGGUGGACAAGACCAACGAAAGCGAUCUCACCAAUCCCUUCACCAGCGUGCCUACCAUUGCUGGAUCCGUCGCAGGCGACGUUCCGCGGAGCCGUAGCAAGCAUCGGAGCAAGAGGACGUCGUCGAGACAUCGCUCCAAGUCGAGGACGCCUGUCCCAGCGGCCAAGGCCACUAACUCCAAGGCCACUAACUAUCCUUAUGCCACCCACUAUUACCACUCGCAGUACGCACUGCCGAGCUAUCUCGCUCACUACGUCGCGGAAAUGCCACCGCAUGUACCUUUUGCGCCACCUUUCGUCUCAGCGGCCCAGUAUAUUCCAAAUCAGAGCUACACCCGACCCGUCAUUCCUGCAGUGUACGGCCAAGGACAUGCCGCUCCUCCUCAGCGGUCCGCAUCUCGUAAACAAUGCCAAUACUCGCCAGCGUCACCUCCACCUCCACCACUACGAUCUCCUCCCAAGACUCCGAGUCCCCCAGCUAGCUAUGCAUUGACUCCCAAAAGGAACGCCCUCUGUCGAUUUUUGGACAAGAUCACAGGUGGUGCGAGGAAGACUUCGAGCCGGCCCAACUCUCCUGCUUCAGACGCGAAGAAGCGGCACCACCGUGAGAGGCGAAAUAGCUUCUAG